AUGAAAUUUGCGCCUUCCUAUUCCAUAGCUUUGGAUGCCAGUCACUUAGAUAUGCCGCUUGAUAUGCACAGCAAGCCCGCUACUGGGGGCAGUGACCCUCUGGCCGACACCCAUGAUCAAACAAGAGCGGUGCGAGGCCAUGGCAUCAAUGGCAUGGACUCAAAAAUGCCCUCAUACCCCGGUCUUGACCGAUGGCAGCUACUGGACCUUCUGGGCACCGGUGCCUUCAGCCAUGUGUAUCGUGCCUCAGACCGAGAAGGCAAGAUGGGCGAAGUCGCCAUUAAGGUGAUGAAAAAAUAUGAAAUGAAAGAACCACAUAAAGCGAAUCUACAAAAGGAAAUUCAAAUAAUGCGACAGCUGGAUCAUAACAAUAUCUCCAGGCUGAUUGAUGUCAUCGAAACGAACCAAUAUUGUCAUAUUGUCUUGGAACUCUGCACGGGAGGAGAGCUUUUCAACCAGCUUGUGAAGCUCACGUACCUCAGUGAGGAUCUAUCGCGACAUGUUAUCUUGCAAGUCGCGCAGGCCGUUCUAUACUUGCAUCAGACAGGCAUCGUUCAUCGUGAUAUCAAACCCGAAAAUAUCUUAUUCAACUCGAUUCCAGUGGAGCCCAGUAAAACCCCAAAACCUACGCUACCCGGUGAGGAAAAUAAAGUCGACGAAGGCGAUUUCGUGCCCGGUGUCGGUGGUGGAGGCAUUGGUGAAGUCAAGCUUGCAGAUUUUGGCUUGUCGAAGAUUAUCGCCGGUGCCCCCACGGCAACACCAUGUGGCACUAUGUCAUAUGCUGCACCCGAGAUUGUUCGCGACGAAAAGUACACGACCGGUGUCGACAUGUGGGCACUUGGAUGUGUUUUGUACACCCUGCUCGCCGGCUAUCCUCCAUUCUACGACCCGAAUACAAAGGUCCUGAUGAAGAAGGUAUCGACAGGAGACUAUGCUUUUGACUCUCCCUGGUGGAACGAUAUUUCCAAGGAUGCCAAGGAUAUAGUCUCCAAGCUCUUGACAGUCGAGUCUGACAAGAGACUCACCAUCGAGGAAUUCAUCAACCAUCCUUGGAUCCAGAAAGCCUCCAAGACGACUCUGGAGACGGAAGAACCCUCGACGAUUGCCGACACCGAGUCCCAGUCCGAUGGUAGCUCCACUACGGCGCCUCCAACUCCUCGCGAUGAUCGAGAUGACGGGACCCCUGUGCCCCCUGAAGCUCUGCACGAGUCUCACGUCGAAGCCCGGACGCCUGGUUUCAUGAACGUGCGCGAGCUGUUCGGUGUGGUCUUCUCGGCACAUCAACGCGAACAUGACAUCCGGGACCAUGAAAUUGCCUCCAGGGUUGAGAAUGACACGAGGAAAAGCAAGACGAAUAUCCAUGACAAACUGCACCUUGGAAACAGUGCUUUGCUUCAGAAGCGCGGGGUCCAGCAAAACAGGGCAUAA